UCUUAAGAAGAAUACAUGCAGAUGUCACUUUUGUGUUGGGUCAUACUCUAUUCAAGCACAUAAAGCAGUGCUUUUAGCAAGAGUUCCAGACUUCUUCUUAUACAGUACCAUAAAACAUUAGUAAUCUGAAAGACCAUUAACUUUUAAAUCUGGAGAACUUCGAACCCUUGAAUUUAAAAACAUUUCUGCACAGCUGAUCCCUCCAUUCUUGGUCCUUCUCAAUGAUUGUGAUCAUAUGACCCCUCCAAGCCCUGUACUUACUGUCUGAGAUCAUAGAGGAGUUGGGGAAUCUCACUGAACUUAUCCUGCCUAGUUUUUUUUCUUUCUCCUUCUGAUGAGGCUUGUAUAUUCGUCUGAUAAAAACAUUAGGGAAAUCGAGGAAGAGACUCUGAGGAAAAGAGUACUGGAGCCCAGACAAACACAGAAAAAUGAAAGCCUUACAUCUGGAAGUCUUCAGAACACUCAAAUAUCAAGUGUAAAAUGCAUUGGAAGUGAUAAAAGAACUUCUGUUAAUCAGCAUUUUCUGGUCGGAGCCAUAGAAAGAGAAGUUGUUUGUUCACCUAAUACUGAAGAUGAAAUUCUAGAAGCCAGUGAUGCUGAAGGCAAUGUAACUAAUCCAGGUAAUUCUGAACUAGAAACCGCAUCUGGGUUAGGAGAAGACUUAAUGAUGCUCUACAAGAAAUGUUGUUGUCCAGAUAUUAAUAUUUGGAUAGAAGGCAACCAGUUUCAGGCUCACAGGGCCAUUUUAUGUGCCAGAUCUAGUUACUUUGCUGCUAUGCUGAGUGGAAGUUGGGCUGAAAGCUCCCAAGAGCACAUCACUCUUCAAGGCAUAAACCAUGUAGAAAUGAAUGUCAUAUUGUAUUUUAUAUAUGGAGGAAUGCUGGACUUCCCAAACAAAGCUGAUGCUGGUCGAAUACUCAGCGUUGCUGAUAUGUAUGGGCUAGACGGACUGAAAGAAGUAGCUAUCUAUAUUCUCAAAAGAGACUACUGCAAUUUUUUUCAAAAGCCUAUUCCUGGAAGGCAGCAACAUGUGCUAGAAUGCCUGGCUAUUGCUCAUUCAAUGGAAGUUGAGAAUCUUUAUGCUGCUUGCAUGAAAUGGAUAGGAAAACAUUUUGUGAAAUGUUGGUCAGAGAGGAGCUUUGCCAGUUUACCCAUUGAGCUUCAGAACAACUGUCUUACUGUGAUGAUUCAGUCUUUGAACCACAAGAAUGCAGCUUCUCUGUUGAUGGAAAGUGACUGUCUGCUCAGUAGUCUUCCCCAAGUGAAAUGGUCUGAAAUGGCUCUGGCCUUGGCAUCCAGGCUUCAAGAAGAAUGCAUAACAUUUAUUGUAACCAACUUCCCUCAUAUAAUAGAGAGUGAAAGUUUUCAUAUUUUCUUGCAGGUACAGGCAAUGAGUAGCAAACCUGAUCUUCUAGAACAAGUUUUAAAAGCAAUUGAGAAAAACAUUAGCAUUGAAAACAGUUGCUUUCUUCUUAUAGCUGUGAAUACUUUGUUGAGCUCCACAAAUGUGAAGGAAAUGGGUUUUACGUGCAAGAUCCAGGCUCUGCAUGAUAAGCUGUGGAUCUUCCUGGUUCAGUCUUUUUAUGCUGUUCGUCACACAGAAAGCUGGAAGCUGAUGAGACCAGAUCAUCAAGAGAAAAUACAAGCAGCUGCUUUUGACAAAGGGGAUGAUCGAAGACUUGGCAAAAAACCUGUAUUCACUAGUUCUCAGCUAAACAGACGCAUUACUGACUCUGUUGAUAUAAGGCAAACUUCCUGGAAAGUAAACGGCAAGAGAGAUUAUUGGGGCGAUUCCUUCACUAAUCAGGAUAAAAUGAAAUCUGAUGGAUUAGGAGCAUCUGGACAUACAUCAAGUACCAACAGAAACACUGCUAAUAAGACUUCAAAACAUGAUGACUUAAAGGGAAAAGAUAGUAAGAAAACAGUUUCCAAGAUUACAAAAGAUUUAAAAACUGGGGAAAAAGUUGCUUCACCAAAGGCUAGAGCUGUCAUAAAGUCAAAAAUAGAAAGUAAUGGAAAUACUAAGGCUGAAAGUUUGAUUACCAAACAAGAUUCAGAAAGGUCAUCUUCAAGUGGGCAAAAAAAUUCAGGAAGUGGAAAAGGAGUAAAAAAUCAGGAAGGAAAAAGUUCAGGUGCCAGACCUAAAGUACUUACUGGAAGCCCAAGUGUGCAAAUCAAAACAAAGCCAUUGAAGAAAACCACAGGGAAAGAAUCACCCUCUCUGGUAACAGAGACAGGAACUUUCAGCAAGUCAACAAACUCGAGUACAGAUUUACAGAUUUCCAAUGAACAACUAGAUGAACCCAAAGAGGAUAAACCGGUAGAUGAAGGAAAAAAACAUGCUGCAGUGAAAACAAAGUCUGCUUUGAAGAUGACUAAUGGAGCCACCAACAAAAAAGCUAAUGAACUUGAGGCUAAUGUUACAACAAAUAGUGUGACAAAGAAAUCCACUGGAAAAGGAUACAAUGAACAAAAUCAACAAACUAUUUUGAAGAAAAAGGGAAAUGUGAGUGGCAAUUCUACAUCUCAGCAGAAGACAAAGAAUGCACCAGCUAAUGUUGCUAAAAACCAAGGACCACAAGGAGAUUCACAAAAUUCAUUAAAAUCUGGAAUGUUUCCAAAACAAAACGAAGAAAAAAACAUGAUGCAAAAUUUGUCUCAGACAACACUUUCAGAAAAACAACCUUCAUCUAAGAAAAAGAGUAUUAAACAAUCACUUGCAGUUAAAGCCACUGCAAAAAUAAUAGUAACACCCAAAAAUCAGACCCAUUCAAAGAAAGGUGAGACUAUAAACAAAGACCCAAAACAGAAAAUAAUUACCGGGCAGCUUAUAUCAAAAGCUCAAUCUUCAACACAAAGACAUUCAAGAAGUGAAUCUCCUGUUGUCCAGAAAAACGUGCAUAGUCCUGAACAGAAAAGUUCAGAACAGAAACUUGAACAACACACAUCUGCUGCUUUUGCAAUUCAGCCACAUGACAAUAACAAAUGUAGCCCUGCAAAACAAAGUAAGUGUGAAAAAUCUAUGAUGGAGUGUAGCAGAGGAGACCUGCUCAUGACAUCAUGGAAACCUGAUCCAAGAAAAUUAUUGGAUCCUCUUGAAAAUGGGGAAUACAAAGUAGAAACCAAACGUUUUUGUACUCAAGUCAGAGGACAAAAUGUUCCUAAGCUGAAUAUUUCAAUGCAAAAUGAAAUGGAAUCAGAACAGGUUGGUGAAGAUGAAAUUGAAAUUAAAUAUCUGGUAGAUAAAAACAAAGAUGAUGAUAGUACAACUGAAUUUAAUUGUUAUACAGAGCCUAGUAGAAAUGCAUACUCAGUCAUAUGCAAGAAUACUGGCCAAAAACUCCCUAGUUCCAUUUCAGAAGAAAGUUUGAAAAAGAGCAAAACUGUUUGUGAUUCAGCUCAGAAAUAUUUGGGAUAUUCAGGAAACAGCAAAGUAUAUUUAACACAAGCAGUAGAAGACUGUGCGGAACAAAAUAAAACCUUAAAAACUGAAAUGGGCAUUAAUUAUGGAGAAGCUCACUUUCCCAGCUUUUCUAAGGUAACAAAUGCCUCUAAUUCAGAACAAGAUGAAAGAAAAUCCUCUAAGACUCAUGUAAAGGGAUUUGCAAGGGCUGGUCAAUUGUCUGAUAAAUCAGCCUUGACUGAAUACAGGUCUGCUACAGUAGACUCAGAUGCUGCUUCAAAAUGUUUCACAGGACAGGUUACAGAAAAAUGGUCACCUAAAGAUAUGGAUAGUACAGAAACACCAGAAAGUCAUGAAAAUUCAGAAACUCCCUUUGAGGAUCGUUGGAAUUUGAGUACAGGUAUGUUGGAUCCAAAAGAGAGUCCCGAAUCUGAUACCGGCAGUGCAACAACAUCUUCUGAUGAUAUCAAACCAAGAUCAGAAGACUAUGAUGCUGGAGGCUCUCAGGAUGAUGAAGGAUCAAAUGAGAGAGGGAUUUCUAAAUGUAGCACUACGUUGUGCCAUGAUUUUCUUGGAAGAAGCAGCAGUGAUACAAGUACACCUGAAGAACUAAAAAUCUAUGACAGUAGUCUAAGAAUAGAAGUGAAAAUGAAAAAAGAGGGUUCAGAUCUUUUCCGUGUUAAUUCAACAAGUGAUGAUGAAAUACCAAGAAAAAGAUCUGAAGUGUGGUCACAUCAAGGUGUAUUAAGAUUCAAUACUAGGGAAAAUGAAAACACUACUUUUGGCAGUGCACAAUUUACUCAGGAAGCAGACCAAGUUUCCUCUUCUGCAGAUGAAACGGAAGAUGACAGAUCUGAAGCAGAAAAUGUAACAGAAACCUUUCCUCCAUCUGACCCUCCUUCUCAGCCAUUCCAAGGAAUUGUUAAUUUAGCUUUUGAAGAUGCAACAGAGAAUGAUAUUGAAAGUCAAGAGUUUUCUACAACUAAAAAAUUUAAGCGAUCUGUUUUACUUUCAGUAGACGAAUGUGAAGAGUUGGGAUCUGAUGACGGAGACGCUCACGCUCCCCUUCAGCAUUCCAUAGAUUCCCCUACUCCUUCUGAUGUUUUUGAUAGUGUAUCUCAGGAGCGUGAUGGAAAGACUUAUUAUUCAAGGUAUUCAUUGGAAACUGAAGAUGGAUUCCUGGAGUGCAAACAGCAAGAAAAGGAUAGAAGUGAGAGAUUAGAUAAAAGUGAGCACUUUUUUGUAGAUCCCCAUAACACAGAAAUCAAAGGAAAAGAUAAUCAAGGUGCUUCGGUGACAGAACAAAAUUGCCCAGAGAAAGUACUCUCACUAGCAGAUAGUCAGUGUUCAAUACAAGAGCAAAAGGUAAAUAGUAAGAAUGAAGAGAUUAAUGAAAUUCAACAGUGCAAUAAACUUUCAGACAAUGACAUGAAGUCUCAAGAAAGACCCUGUCAUCUGAACCUUCAUCAAAGAGAUACUAAUUGUGACAUGCAAAAGAACAGCUCUGCAAAAUCUGUAAAACCCUGUAAGAGUCAGUUACUGACUCAAGAAGGUCAAGAGAGAGAGUGUCAACGAGCACCUACUGAAUACAAUAAUACUGAUUUACCUGCAGGAGACAUAGAUGAUUAUGACGUAUUGGCACAAACCUGCAUGUAUGAGCAUCGACCUUCAAAAACCCUUUCUCCAAUAUAUGAGAUGGAUGUUGGAGAAGCUACUGAGCAGAGGAUGAAGUCAGAGAGGGACAUUCUAGAUGUGGAUUUUGAAGAUCAGCAAUUUGCAGAACGGGACUGGACUCUUCUCAGGCAUCUCUUAUCUGAGCAAGACUCAAACAUUGAUUUCAAAAACUCUGUUCCCGAAGACCUUAACUUAGCACAAUAUCUUAUCAAUCAGACACUACUUCUGUCACGAGAUGGUUCAAAGCCUCAGGGUAAAUCACACGUUGAUACUUUCAGUAGAUGGACUGAAUUAAUGUCCCCACUGGAUGAUUCUUCAGCAAGCAUAACAGUGGCAAGCUUUUCCUCUGAAGAUUGUUCUUCUCCUCAAGGGGAAUGGACAAUUCUUGAACUGGAAACCCAUCAUUAAAAUGAUCAAGUGUUUUUGAAAAUGGACUCCAACCCCUGCCCCAAAUCUAUUUUUUGAUGCAUUGUUUCCAUACAAUAAUGAAAUACUGCAUCAGUUAAGAACAGCCAAUUCUUGAUACUGAGGCAAUCUUUCCAAUAUAUUGAGGUAAAUAUUGGUAAUUUAUAACCUAGCUUUAGUCACAAAUAGAGUAAUUUUUCAAAGCUGAAAUAGAUGUUUUUCUAAAAUCAACUUUGAACGUGUAUUUUCUGGAAUUGUUAGAAAAAUUAGAUGACUUGCAAGAAAAAUCUUGGUUUAAACUCCAUCUUCUAUCCUCUUUCUGUCAUAUAUUCUUUAUUGAGCAUGGAUUUUAACAUCUGACUGCACAAUAAGUAGCGCCAUUCUUUUCCUUUUUGGUCUUCAUACAGUGACUUGGUGAUUUUUCAACAAUAAAAGAUUGAGCAGUUGUGUUGAAAGGUGUUGCGUUCCAACAGUUCUUUAAAUAUUAGAAAUGUAUACUUGCAUUUACAGAAUGUAAAAAGUUUUGGACUCUAUUUACAUAAGCCGUUUGUUUCCACCAGAUUGAUUUUUCUGUAUUUUUUGUUUGUUUUGAAAAUUUUCAAUAAUUGUUUUUAAAUUGUAAUUUAUUUAAAUACAAGACUGCAGAGGUACUGUAAGAAUGGUACAGUUUCUCUCUUGGGAACACAAAUACAUCCCCUUCAGUAAAUAAUGGUAUGGUGUAUGAAGCAGAAUGCUAAGCCUGUACUAAAAUACUGUGUCUAACAGCUCAAAAAGUAGAUUCAGUCUGAAGUUUUAGCAGUGGCUCUCUUGCCUUCUUCACUUUAAAAGUUCACUUUUGAAGUGGAAUUUUAGUUGUGCUACAACUCAAGACACUUUUGUGCCCCUCCCCUACUGUUUAAGUCAUAACUAGUUUAUUGGGGUUUUCAAAAUCUUUGUAUCUUUGUGAGAGUAUUAGGGGUCUUGCUGUCUCUCUUUAAUCUUUUUAAUCUCAUAAUUUCUAUAAAAAUUUCCUUCUGGAGGCCCAGUGUCUCAUCCUCUUGAUUAAGGAGAACCGAGAAGGAAAUGCUUCUCACCAUGUCUGCUCUGCUCAUUCUGCUGCUAAAGAAGAUGGCAGUUAAAUGACAUGAGCAGAGGUAUUUUUAUUGUUGUUUUUGAGAAUCGGGGUCAAUAAGGGGGAUACUUUCCAGGUGAGGGGUAUUGGACCAUAUUCUUCAUGCCAUACUGAGGCAAAAUGCAGCAAUAAGGAUGUUCUUAUGUAAACUAUACAAUAUUGCUUCUGCAGAUCCCCUUCUGUUGGUCAUUAACAGGAGAUGUGCCUUCAAAUGGGAGUGCUACACUGCAGUAACAAAUUACUAAAAUGGUGAUUUUUAAAAAAAGGCUUUUUUACCAAAAGCCUAACUUGCACUGGUUAUAGCCAAGGAUAAUACAGGCGGGUGUUUUGCAAACUUUUGCACAAUUCUGCCAAUGCACCUUAAUCCUGGUCUGCAGGUAUUCCUGUUAUCUUAAUCAUAGGCUGUUUAUAAGAAGAGACUGACAGUAGUCUUGAAUUGUGAAGUCGCUUUGAGAUGUAGCUAAGCAGUGACUGCUGAACUAACUUUCACUUUUGACCUAAUCAGCAUUUGAUCUCGGAUCUCCUGACUUGAAAAGGCUGCUAUAUACUGACUUUGACUGUCUGUCAAUACAAUCAACAUUUUACUGAAACAGAAUUAUAAAUCGAUAGAGCAAGGAUUUUACUUUUUUUUAUUUUAAUAGAGAGAGCGGUUAAAGAAAAGACAUUAAUCUCCUCUUCAUGUCUGGGCCCAUGAUACUUAGAAGGGAGUUCAGUCUUGGCUGCAUGCCAUCCCUAGCUUUCUUAUAGAGGAUCCUCCCCAAGGGAGGAGGCUUAGGGGCAUCAGUUGGACUCCUGGAUAUCCUGUCCUAAAACCACAAAGGAAGCUGCAUAAAUUAAUACAGCCUGAGUUUGUGCAAGUUCAGCAUCUUAGGCAUUGUAGGCUGUAUUUGCUCCAUUAUCCACAUUUGGUGGACAGGGGAGGGGAGGUUGCUGCAGCUAGGGGAACUCCCAAAAGCAAAUCUCCUCCAAUAUCAGGAGAGAGACCUCAUUUACCUCCUUCAGUUCUGAGAGGAGCACAGAUAUUGGAGAAUCUGUGGGAUAAGGAAAAGCCACCAUUGUCUUCUAUAGAGGGGUAAACCACAUAACCUUAAAAGGGGUUCAAAGAACUCAACAUAGAGAUGAAACUUGGGUCUCUCACCCCAACGUGGUUAUUCCUGUGUAGGAGACAAUAAGGACCAUGGAAGGUAUAAAAAACAUUUAAUGAGCUCUAAAUUGACGAAGGCACGAGAGGGUAUUAACUUUUACACAAAAUAAUAUGGGAGAAGAAAAGGUAAAAGAUCAGGAGAGUAGACAGCGAAUGAAAGAGAAGGAUCCUUCUGCGCUCUGUCCCCUUUCCUUUAUAUUUUCCUGUGUUUUUUCAAGUGCAGCUCAUAUCUGAAAAGUAACUGUGAAAAAUGACAUGUUUCCCUGUUUGUGUGUCUGACUUAAUCAAAUAUGAUUAAGUUACAGUUAAAAUAAUGUGGGUUUUUGUUUGUUUUUUUCUGAAUACCAGCUCUCAUUUUUUCAGGCUAGAAUUUGAAAGUCAACUUGUAUUAUUUUCUCAGGUCCUCAGUGAUAUAGGUACAACUUCUUCAGUGGAUUGGAACAGGUGUAACUAUGUGGAAUUUAGAAAAAAGUUUGUCAAUGCACAAGAAACAAUAGAAUCCAGCUCUCUCUCUCUCAGCCAUGUUGGCUCUGCAAAAACAACGGGAGUAAAAAGUAGUAGUAGUAUUCGUUAUCUGUAUUGCCAAAGUGCCUAGGAGCCCUAGUCAAGGACCAGGACCCCAUUGUGCUAGGUGCUAUACAAACAAAACUAAAAGAUAGUCUGUACCCCAAAGAACUUAAAAUCUAAGUAAGACAAAAGACAACAGAUUGAUAUGACGGGAAUACAAGAAAAUGAUGAGAACAGAUAAACUUCUGUCUGUGACAGGAGAAUGAGGAGAAUUGAAGGAGGAGGAGGAGAAGAAAGGGAAAGUAAAGCAAGGGGAUGGGAAGGUCAUGUAUUUGUCAACUUUUUCUUGGAAGAAUUUAACUAGCAUCUAACAUAAUAUGGCUGUGAUGCUCACAGGGAAUAGAUCAGUUGAGUAAGAAGGUCCUCCUUUUAAGUGCUUUGGAGGCAAUUGGUAAAGAAAAGCAAUCCUGAUGCUGUCCAAGAAAUAUGUCCAGUUUGCCAGAUGGCAGUUCUGGCCAGCAUGAAGCAUCUCUGUACAUCUUGAAUAAGUAUGGACUAUAUUUUUAUUUUUGAACUCUACUUCAAAGUUGCAUUGAAUUUUUGAAAUGUCAUAAUUCUGUUUUCCACUGCCCUCUACCUGAAGAUUGAGUCCAGGAUCUAGCCCCCUUAACUUUUUUGUGUGUUAACUUCUUCCCAGAAAUAUAAACAGUAAAUUAAAAACCUGUUCUAGCUAUAUAUUGCUGGUGGCAUAGACUAUUUUAAAUCUUUGAUACCAUGUUAUUGCCAUCUGGAAAUUCAUUAUCAACAUGCUUAUUGCAUUUGUUCCAAAAAAAUCUAAUCCCUCUGUUUGAAGGUGUUAAGACUUAUUACUAUGUCUUUCUGCCAUGGAACAUAAACAAUUAAGAAGGCACAAUCUUGUUCCCAUUAAAGUCAAAGGUAAAACUCCCAUUGAUCUCAGCUGGAGUAGGUACAGGACCUAUGUGACUAAAGUGCAUGUAGUAUAAAUGCUAUUUUUUUUGUACAUGUACUGUAUAGUUCUAUAUCUCUAGUCUGCUAAAUUCUAAUAUUUUAUAUGUAGGGAUGAUUUAUGGUAAAGAAAAUUUAACCAAGAAUAAUUGUGUGUAUUAUGCUGAUAUUCAUGGUUGGAUUAUUAACUAUUCUACCUUGGUAUAUGAUGCUCUUUCCAGCACUAAGCAGAACUGAAGACAAAAAAAAUACAGGAAUUCAGGGCAAGUGACUCUGUAACAAAACUAAUGAUGACUACACAGGACUAGAGGUGGGAAAUGGACUUUUAAAAUGACAUCCAUUAUGACUACUAGCUUUUAUCUCUUGCAGAAAUUUUGUAACUGUUUUCAUGAAUCUAUUGUUGACGACAAGCUGUAGUGGAGGAUUCUACAGCAGAAUUAGAAAUACUGCUGUUUAACUGCAGAAAAUUCUGUACCUACUUUAAUGACAGGUUUCAGAGUAGCAGCCAUGUUAGUCUAUAUUCGCAAAAAGAAAAGAAGUACUUCUGGCACCUUAGAGACUAACAAAUUUAUUUGAGCAUAGGCUUUUGUGAGCUACAGCUCACUUCAUCAGAUGCAUUCAUGAAAGCUUAUGCUCAAAUAAAUUUGUUAGUCUCUAAGGUGCCACAAGUACUCCUUUUCUUUAUAACUACUUAAGUUAGUAUCCAGACUCUGGCCCGGGGGUGUAUUUCAGGGAGCUGAACCUGGUGUGCUGGAAAAUGAAUUUCUUUAGAGAAAUAAUUAACUUAAACUAAAAACAAACAAACAACCAAAAAACCCACUUCCAUCUGAAAUUUUUUUCCUACAGUUAUUACAGUUAUUACCUGUGAUUACUAAUAAUUGAAAGAGCCUGGAGCAGAAAGUUCCAUCUGAACUUUCAUUUGACAGCCUUCUGUCUACAUUCAGUUUCACAGUUUCCUCUGUUUAGUCAGGCCACAAUCUUGCAAACAUUUAAGCACGUGCCUGUCUUUGGACUACUUGUAUGAGUGAAGUUAGGCAUAUGAAGUAUUUGCGUGAUUGGGCCCUUAGUCAUUUCUCCGUGGGUUUUUUUUUUUCAUCCAUUGUGUACAAAAAUUGCACAAACAUUUUUUAAACUUCAUGAAGUGUUUGUAAAAUCACAAAAAUUGGUAGGGGAACUAAAAAGUAGGUGUAAUACCUGAAACUAUUUUUAAUUCCCAAUGGGAUCCUGAUUGGACUCUCUGGGUGCCACAAUAGUAUAAAUACUUAGUUCCAUUAUUAUUAUUUAUUAUUAUAUGCUGUUUUCCUGCUCUCCCUGGUUACUGCAUAGACAUUCCCAGGUAAGAAAUCUGCCUCAAUAUGUGAUCCUAUUAGUACUUCAAUUGUGAUUUCAAAGCUGUAAGAAAUGUAACUUCAAGGCAGGUGGGAAGCUUGAAUUACAGCAAGGAUAGAAAUGUUUUCAGAUUCUAUUUCCAUUCCUAUUGAAAAAAAUACUCAGGCCUCAAUUAUUCAAGGGUUUUGUAUCGUGCCUAGUAAGAUUCUUACUUUGAUAUAAGUGGUCAAAAUGUUUUGUGUUAACUUAAAAAAAAAAAAAAAAGUCUGAAAAGGAAGGAAGUAUGUGCACAGUCCAUUCAGUAAGUUUGAGAUAAUGGGUCACAUGUACCUCUUGGUGCCUAAAGUUAGGCACCAUCUCCAUAUUUAGCCACCUGAGUGGCCUUAUUUUUUUCAGAAAUGUUGAGGCUUUGCAGCUCCCAUUAAAAAUCUGGCCAUUUUUAUGUACGUGCCUACAUAUGGAGAUGGAUGUCUAACUUCAGGCACCCAAAAUGAAACUUUUAACCAGUAUUGCUUCAAAUUUUUGUUUCACUUUUACUAUAUGAUUCAUUCCAUAAUGCUGAGUGUGGCAAAGCUGUGCCUGAGCACUGUUUAAUAUAUCAUGUCAAGACUCCAGCCCUCUAGUGCCCUUUGAGUGUUUUAUAUUGGUAGGGCAAAUAUGAUUUCACACUUGUGCUAGAAUAUUUAAUAAGAUCCAUUUUGUUUGUUUAUAAAUCUGAGAAUAGUAUUGUAUUCAGUACAAUAUCAUCAGUGUACAUAACACUGAUAUGUCAGGGACAGGCCAAUGUGUACAUCAGAUCCAGUGUAGCAGUGUAAAAUUUCUAUAUAGUUUUAUCUUUCAUACAAUCUUAAAAUAACUAUCAACCAGCAGUCAUAUCACGCUCAGACCCCAUAAAUUACUUAUGUGGCAGACAGACUCAUCUGAGUGUCAGACCUUUCUACCUUCCACUAAUUGAUCUACUUUUUUUUUUUUUUUUAACUAUAGAAUAGAAAACCUUUUCUGGACUGUUAUGCUCCAGUUCUUGAUAGAUCUACUAUGUAUAAACUAGGAUGCAUUAUGAGAGAAGGUACAGUUUCACUUUCAGCAAACCAUGGCUUUAGGGUCCUAAAAUGUCUGAUCACCCAGUGGUUUAGAGUUGUUUGAUAGCUUAAAAAACAAACUGAAAAUGUGCAUGUUUUCUACCUGUUUGCCUUUUAAACAUUUAGCCCACAUUGUGAUCCUAGGGAUAAGUAACUAUCUGCAUCUCCAAAUGAUGAAUAGUGAACAUGCACUUCUGUUUCUAAAAUUGCUGUACAGUUGCUUAGUCCUACAAGCCUUCUCCAUUUAUGUAUAAAAUGGAAAAUAAACCCUGUAUGUAACUGAAA